AAUGCCUGCCUGUUUUUCAAUUCCGAGAAGAAUGAAGAGAUGGCAGCUUCCUUUGGUUGACACACCAGAAUGGCGACUCUCAGCUCGUUUCAAGGCCACAAGAUAGCUAUUGUAGGUGACAGUGGUGUCGGGAAGUCUACUAUUUUCGCUUUGUUGACUGGGGAGCGAUUUAGCAGUUGCUAUGUCAAGACAAAAGAAAGAGCCAUAGCCACAAAGCUAGUUUCUCUACCAAAUGGAACACAGGAGAAACUUCAGCUUUGGGACACACCAGGGGCUGAUGAGACCAGAACUUACACUUCCCAUAGCAUAAGAGAUGUUAAGGGAGUCAUUUUGGUGUUUGACGUUUCCAAUGAAGACACUUAUUUAAAUGUGAAUAAUUGGAUUGAAGUAAUAAACACGUAUAGUAAUGAGGAUUCUGUACCUAUUAUUGUUAUUGCAAACAAAAUUGACAAAGUGCGCAACAGAAAAGUGAAAGAAGAGCAAGUGCAGCAGCUUGGUAUCCAGAAGGGCUUGCUAUUUCUAGAAACAAGUGCAAAAUCUGGACUCAACAUCGAGCAGAUAGCUCCACUUAUGGCUCAGGAGCUUCAGAAAAGGUCAACAAUUAAUACCCUUGAGAGUGACACCCUCUCAAGAAUGAACAACACUCCACCAAAGGACAGAAGUAUAUUCAGCAGCUGCAAUCUUCUUUAAGUGGGUUUUAGAUAGGCAUUGGCGAUUAUAUAUAUUGAUGUGGUAGCAACAAAUCUGAUUGACAGAUAUGCAAACACAACCUGAUCAGAUAUUGUAAAACCAAGGAUAUGCUUUUUUUAGACUUUUUAAAUGGACAGAGAUUGUUACAAUUAGAUACAAUAGAUAAUAUAUAAUACCAAACAAACUGUGUAUGCUCAAAUAGUAAUAAAUUCAUUAUAUUUUUAUGUA